GCAUUACAAAGUUUGAGAAUCUUUGAGCCAUUCGUUUGAUUCGGUUGUGAGUGAUUUUUCCGGAAAAAUAAAUAUAAGUGCAAAUUGAAAUAUUUGGGCGUGCUAAAAUUACUAGUGAAAACGUUGAAAAUUUUGGAGACCCGGUGAAGACUUAAUUAAGGCAAAUGACUAAAGAAAAAUGAUAUUUAAAUGAUAAUGUAAUAAUGUAAAUUCAUGAAAAAGUAGAAAAAAUUUCAAAACUAAACCAAUUGUAACAACAAUAGUGAAGUGCUGGCAUUUAUAACAAAGUGAAAUUAACUUAAUUGUGCGCACAAUUUUAUAUUUCUUGAGAAAAGCGACAGCGUAGGAUGCACAUCAAGAAAGAACAAACAAAAUUAUUAAAUCAAGACGCAGAUGAAGAAUAUUAACCAAGGAAAAAGAAAACAAUAAACUAUUAGGGAAAGGCGCCGGCUGACGGUUCAUUCGCUUAAGCAGAUAAAAACAGCUGGAUAAACAAAAGUUUGCAGCAAAAACAUUUUUACUAGGUCACAAUUUAUAUAUAUACAUACAAACUCUAGACAAUGCAGUGCUAUUCUGUUAAUUGAAAUACAUUCAUUGUGAAAUCUUAUUUGUAGUGCUCAACAAUUACUAUUAUUUUAAAACAUAUAAUCUUAGUAAAGUUUCAUACGAACUCAUUGUGCAUGCUGGGGAAUUUGUGCUUACAUCUAAAUUUAUUUCUUGAUGACCUACUAAAAUCUAAAAACGAACUAAUACAAAUUCUCGCCGAUUUUACAUUAUUCUCUUUUGAUAAUCUAUAUCUGAUAAAAUUAAUAGCCAAAAUGUCAACUGCGUUUCUUACCGCCAUUGCGGUCAUCAUGUGCAUCCUAUUCCGCAUACUAAACGUAAACAGUCAACCGCUGAAACCGAGCGUUUGGUGUUUGGAUCAACAGUUUCUAGAUUGUAUUUACAAAAUUGCACCAGUGCUGAGGGAACCUUAUGUUCCCACGCGCCUAUGGGGAUUUAGUGGUCACGUACAAACGGUGCUGCAUAGUAUAGUAGGUCGUGUGAAAUGUCCUUGGCCAUUGGGCGAACGUGUAUAUCUAUUGCUGCAAGAUGGCUCUACACUCACUUAUGAUCUCUACCAACCGAUCAAUGAAGCUGAAGAUGAUGUCACUAUUGCAAUAUGCCCCGGUAUCGGUAAUACCUCGGAGAGCGUUUAUAUACGCACAUUUGUACAUUAUUCACAAGUGCAUGGUUACCGUUGUGCGGUACUCAAUCACAUCGGUGCACUAAAUAGUGUACAAGUGACGUCAACGCGUAUCUUCAGCUAUGGCCACACUGACGACUUUUCCGAUAUGAUUGACAAUUUACAUAAGAAAUAUCCAAAUAGUCGCAUAGUAGCUGUUGGAUUCAGUUUGGGUGGCAAUCUUGUAACGAAAUAUAUGGGAGAAUCAGCAAAAUCGAAACCACACACAAUACUUGGUGGCAUAUCAAUUUGCCAGGGUUACAAUGCAGAGGAAGGCACAAAAUGGCUUUUGAAUUGGCAAAAUUUCCGUCGUUUCUAUUUGUAUGUGAUGACAGAGAAUGUCAAGAGCAUUAUACUCAAGCAUCGUCAUGUUUUACUUUCGGAUGAGGUGAAACAACGUCACAAUUUAAAUGAACGCGAAAUAAUCGCUGCCGCUACACUGCCCGAAUUAGAUGAAGCAUAUACACGUCGUGUGCACAAUUUCUCCACCACACAGGAGCUGUACAAGUGGAGUUCAUCAUUGCACUUUUUAAAUAAUAUUGAAAAACCAAUGAUUUUCAUUAAUGCUAAAGACGAUCCACUCGUGCCCGAGGAGCUCUUGCCACCCAUUAAGGAGUUUGCAUUGUCCCGCCCUAAUACCGCAUACAUUGAACUGGCGCACGGUGGCCAUUUGGGUUUCUACGAAGGUGGUCUUAUCUAUCCCAAUCCGGUGACAUGGCUGGAUCGUACAGUCGUCGCUAUGGUUGGUUCCAUAGUAAUGCUACACAUGGAUGCCGCAGUUGGUGUACAAAAAGUUGGUUAUGAAUAAAUUGGAAGCAUUGGUUUACGCACAUACACACACCCACACACACACACACCCAGGCAAGCACAUGCAGCAGCGAGCAAAUUAAGAUUGGGACCUCCUGAAAAGGCAUAAAAUACAAAGGAUACGAAUUAGCUCUAUGAAAUAUUUAAAAGCAAAAAUAAUGCGCAAAUUAUUUGCGUUAAAUUUUUAUAUAAUUUACAAAAAAGAAUUGUAAUGUUUGAAUGUUUUGCCUUUUUCGAUUUGUAUUGUUAGUGGAUACAAAAAAAUAUUUGAAAUCUUCAAGAGAAAAAAAAAAUUGGAAAAUAAUAAAUCAAUAUUAUUUUUUUCUGCAUUUGUUAAAAUGUGUUUGUUAAUAAAGAAUGCGAUUCGAAAAUGCAUUUGAAGUUUAAAAACAUAAAUGUUUACCAGAAGUUCAACUUCACAAAGGGAAUUCCAAUGAUUUUCACUUCACUUAGCUGUAUUUAUAUUACUAUACUGAUGAUUCUGCAUUUCGACGCAGUGUAAUUUAUACUACUCGUACAACAAUGCAUUUUAUGUUUAGACAAUUUUCAAUUUUCUAAGGAAAUGAAGUAUUUCAAAAACUAAAGCUACAAUUUUACAAAACUUCUAUACUAAGCAUUUCACCUGUAUUCGUUAACCUUCGGGCGAAUAUGUAUACUGUAAUUUUUUUUUUUUAAAUAGCGCUGUAUAUAGUUUUUAUAUAAUAUUUUAGAAUUAAUUUUAUAAGAAAACUUAGCAUCUCAGACGAAAAUAGAAACCAAACUGUUAUAUUUAUCUCAUACUACAACACAACAUACAUACAUUUUAAUUCUAAAUUUAAUUUAAAAUAGUUUUGAUUUUUAAUUUCAUUAUAAUUAGUUGUAAUGCAUGGAAAAGAUAUUUUAUUUAUGUAGCUGAAGACAAAAAAAAAGCGCUGAAGACAUACAUAAAUAGAAUUUCUAAAUUACACAAUACUUUUUGUGCUAAAAAAAAAAACAAAAUUUACUUUAAUUUUAUUUUCAUUAAGUAAAUUAACUAAGUAUAUAUAUAGCCAAUUAAAGGCUAAAAACCUUAGAUGAGCUAAACAACAAUAAAAUUAAAAAAAAAAACAGAUUUAUAUUGAAAAGAACUUUUAUAUGAAAAUCGCACAUGAAAUUUGUACUUAAAGUUCUUUUACACUUUGAUAUAAAGAUUGUGAUGUAUAAUUUAUAAAUGCAAAUAAUUUUUCUUUUAACAUUAAUGUAUAUGUAUAGUUUAUAAAGGCAAAAAUAAUUGCUUUCAACUGAUUAGCUAUAAGUUUGCACUAACACCCUUGAUGUGAUUAAAUAAUUUUUUUUUGUACAGACAAUGCUGUGUAAUAAGCUUCUAGGCAUUUAAUAAUGUUUUUAAUAGAAUUUUUCACUUAAUAUUUCAAAACAAAAAAUUUUUGUUAAUUUAAUUAUUAAAUUCUAAGUUCUUUUCAUAAUACAAUUUCAAAUUCUGCUGUAAAAUCAUAAUCAGAUCUGGUUUCCAACGCUUUUAAGAACUACAUAAACUAAAUUGUGCAGAAACUCGGCACACUUAAUUAAGUAAAUAAAAAAUUAAAUAAAGAAAACAACAACAAUAAACGUAACAAAGUCUUUUGUAAA